AUGGAUGAUUCGAUGGCGCUCAUGAAUGCUUUUGCUGGAGAUGCUACUGUUGCCCGAUGCCAUCAUGUUCGGACAAACCCUCUAAACUAUUUAUCCAAAACCUUCAAAUAUGCUGUCACGCUUCUGUCUGUCAUGUUUGACACUGGGUGUGUCAUUAGUGGCUCUCGAGCCUUGGACUUCUUCGUGCCGGGGUCUGCCAACGGCGACUCCGACUGGGACUUUUACGUUCCAGGCUACAAAGAAUCGGUGGCCGACAUGAUGAGCAUCUUGUCCAUGUGCGGAGUCGUCUGGGAACUCAACGCCGAUCUCAUUUCCAGCGAGUUUCUGCGCCACGGGCGAGUGGAGGUUCAUUCCAGCGCUCUAGAGGCUUUCUCAUCCUGGGUAUCACCUGGAAUAAAGUCGGGAAUAUUGAACGAGACGGUCUAUGAAAUUGUCGCAGAAUUUAUAAGAAUUAGAAACGACCUCCCCCAAGCAGGCACAUACAUCAUCUCGCGGGGUCAUUGCAACGAUAUUCUUAUUGAGCCGAACUUGGAUAAAGGUUGUUAUACUGAUGGGCUGACGGGCUAUGAAACUUCAUCAGGAGAACCGUUUAGCAUGAUAUGCGGGUCUAUCCAAACACCGCAAGGCGUACAGUCCGUGCAGCUUAUCAUAGGAUGUCACUACCAUGGCAUCCGUAGCUGCUUGAGUUUCAUCAAAGACUUCUAUGCAAGUCAUGUUCAGUGUUUCAUUGGAGGGUGGUGCGCCGCUCAUAUGUACUACUAUCACGCAAGCACCCGAAAUGCCACCGUAUGGGGGGGCACGCGCACCAUGGCGAUCGAGAAGGCGAUCGAGAAGUAUAGCGAUCGCGCCUUUUCUUUUCAUGAUGCUGCAUAUACCGAGCCCACCAUCCGUCGAUUUGAUGACAUCCAGUCGAUGUUCUUAGACUAUGGAGACGUUCAUAGAUCGUUCUUACGCAAAUCUAACCUCGACAUGUUCGAUAAAUGGAUCUCUGAGCGGCGGCAGAAUAUUGAAGCCAUUCAUUGGGUAGAGUUUGGCAAUGUGAUCCAAGAAAUACACAGCCCGUUUGAGAGGUGCUCUAGAGGUCGAACUUCGUUCUCUGAGGCGAAGUACAAGUUGCCAAUGCGCCAUCUACGGCGCUUGGCCGACAUCAUCACUCUCAACACAGCUAAUUCCGACAGGAUGAGAACCAAAGAGUUCUUUAGUAGUGUGAGAAAGACUAUUUCUGGGAUUGAUUGGCACAUUUCGGAUGUGGCCAAUUCUGGAUCUGUCUUCAAUGCACUUCACGAUGCAAACCCAUGGUCUUGGGCCAUGUAG